UCGAUACUUUAAUUGUUUGAACUUAGCUAUGAAUUGAAAUUUUUUCAUCUGCUAUGUUCAGUAUGUUUUUUUCAAUUAAAUUUAGACUUUAUGAUAUAGAGUUGCUAAUUAGUAAUGCUAAAAUUAAAACAAAAUUACCUGUAUGAAUAUUAUUUUUUAUAAUGGGUCAAGUUCUAUCAAAUCUGAUUGAUGAAACCGAUUACCUUCCGCAAAAAACUCUUUCUUAUCCUAUUCAAAAUCAUUCCAGACAUUCUACUGGAAAGAAAAAUGUUGAAAAUUUACAGCCAUGUUACAAAAGUAAUAGCCAAUCCAGUUUGACUAAUAUUGCAAAAGAGUUUGAAUCUCUUCAAAAAAAAGCUCUGAAAUUUGGCCUCGAUACACUAGUAGAACCAAUUAAAGAUACAGUUGAUUCACUAAAAGAUUUGAAAUUUCCAUGCAAUUCCAGUUCCACUCACAAAGCAAUACCAUCACAUUUGAGGUGCAAUUGUCAGGUGUGGGGUCCAGAUUCAAUAACUUCUGAAGGUGAAUGGGUUUGCAGUUGUAGAAAUCAAUGUCAAUGUGAUAAACUUGAUUGGGCAACUAUUCCAAAUAUUCCCAAAGAUCCAAGUAUUAGAUCUGUUGAUAAUUGUUGGAAUUGUAACCUUAAUGAAGUCGAAGUUAAUUCACUGGGUGAAGAAGUGAAAGGGAAUGGAAGCUUCAUUGCAACUGAUAUUGAGACAAGUUCAAAAGAUGACCCAGCUACAGAAUCACGAGGAGAAAUAGCAAAUGUUACGAAGAGUCAUUCACAAACGUUUACUUCUUCACUAGAUGAUGCUAAAAUGGAGCAUAGUGAUAAUGACGAAAGGGGAAUAAAUGAAGAUGAAGUUAAAGAAGUGAAGAAAAAUGAUGAAAGAAAAAUAAUUAAUUCCAAAACUGGAUCAACGUGUCCUUGUGGUUGUAAGUACAUAACACGAGGCGAACUCCGAAAAUGUAUUUGUGGUUGUGGACAAAUGUUUGAAAUUAUCGAUGAUGUAGACCAAAAUUCUAAUGAAACAUUACCAAUCGGACGAUGUUGUAACAGCGUUAACUAUAUCCCAGGAGAUUGUUUAAAAGUUAUACCUGAACUUUCACUGGAUAAAUAUAAUGACUCUGGAUUGAUGACCACUAUUGAGCUUCUCCAGAUGAAAUGUCAAGUCAAGGAUGAACUUAUAGCAGUUCUUGCACAAAGAUUAAUAAAUUUAAAUGAUGUUGAUGUGGUUGCUGAAAAUCUUACCACUGAUCUCCCUAAAACUGACAUUGAUUUUGAUCGAUCACUACUUUACAAAUUUUUAAAACAGCAGAAACCUCCUAGUGAAGAAAAAUUGAGUCAGCAUGAUUCAGUUCCGGCGCCAAGGAACUUCAGGGUCGUCAAGCUUAUUUUACAAUCAUUACAUAUAGCCUGGGACCUUCCUAAAGAGUUGAGUAAUAUCCGUGGGUAUGAGGUUCUUGUUAAUGGGGUCGUAACGACUCGUGUGAGAUCAGCAACAAGAUCUCAAGCAAUUUUAUCAUCUCUUGACUUGACAAAACCAACAGAACUUACUUUAUAUUCUGUUGCCACAAAUGGAUAUAUAUCAGAGCCAUUGAAAAUAACUUUUCCAGCUUAUAAAUUUGUGUAA